GACCAACUCGACAGACAGUAUGGACUGCUCAGUGUUUGUGCCACAGCCUUGACCAUCGAUAACGCGUGGGUUGCAUUUGGUAGUAGCAUCACCACGGCAAUAUCAAACGGCGGCGCACCUGGACUCCUCUUUGAACUUCUCGCUGCAUGUUUCUAUUACGGGUUCAUCGCAGCCUCACUGGCUGAGCUCGCCAGCUCGAUCCCUUCCGCAGGCGGAGUGUACCAUUACGCGUCCGUAACUCCCGGAAGGCGAUGGGGACGACCACUUGGCUUCUUCGCCGGCUACCUCAACUUCUUUGCCUAUGUGUGUGGCAUUUCGUCGUUUGGCUACGUCGGCGGCGAGGUUAUCAUCCAGAUGUGGGCUCUCUUUCAUCCAGAAUUCGUCAUACAAGAUUGGCAUAUCUUCCUUCCUACGGCUCUCAUCAACAUAGUCUGCUGCAUGAUCGUCGUAUUUUGCAACUCGUGGCAGCCAGCUGUACAACGACUCGGCAGCUUCGUGGUUAUCGCGGGUGGUUUGGUGACGAUCAUUAUUCUGGCAGCCUCCCCGAAACAGCAUGCGUCCAGUAGGUUUGUUUGGACGGACUGGGUGAACGUUACUGGGUGGAGUUCGGGGACUGCAUUCCUGACAGGUAACACGCGUCUUGCUUAUGCGAUUGGGACGCCGGACUCCGUUUCCCAUCUUGCAGAGGAGUUACCUCAUCCCAGGCGAGAUCUUCCACGAGCUGUCGCUGCCCAGAUGAUAUUUGGCACACUGGCGUCCUUUGUCUUUGCCGUCGCACUGCUCUAUGCCAUUACCGAUCUAGACGCCGUCGUCAACUUUCCUGGAUCUUUUCCAUUGGCCGAAGCUUAUAUUCAAGGAACCACAAAUAAGGGAGCUGCGUUUGGCUUGCUCUUCAUACUCUUGCUAGCGAUAUUUUCCGGCAUGCAAGGAGUCUUUAUGACAUGCGGACGUACAUACUGGGCACUUGCCCGGGACAACGCCACACCCUUCUCUGAAUUCUUUGCGAAAGUCGCGCCACAACUGAGUUGUCCUGUUCCGGCCACAGUUCUUGUCGGCGUUCUCAGUAUAGGACUCGCCGCCAUAUCCCUCGGAAGUAAAACCGCAUUCUCAGAUCUAGCCGGGUCCUUUGUCAUUCUCAGCACUAUAUCCUACCUCAUCCCUAUCGCGGGCCACCUCCUCACUAGGCGACGAAGCAUACCUCGCGGCCCGUUUUGGAUGGGAAAAUAUGGCUUCUUCGUCAAUGCUAUGGCUGUUCUCCUUAUUAUUUUCACUAACGUGAUGUUCUGUCUCCCCUUUGCGAUGCCUACGAGCGAAGAGACGAUGAACUAUAGUUCGGUUAUUUUUGUAGGCCUUGUGGUGCUCAUCGGUGGUUGGUGGCUCUGGCAUGGGUGGGGGAGUUAUCCGGGGCCAAAAUUACCACACAUCGACGAGGCGGGUAGGAUUCUGGAAGAUGAAAAGUAG